CUGCAUGCAUGAUUAUCAAUCCACCCUUACAAUCGUUGACAGCUUAAAUGACGUGCUAUCGCGAAACGACUACAUGUGUUACAGCUUAGAAUUAAAACUAGUAUAUAUACUACCGGUCCCUUUCCUUGGUUCAUCGACCUGGAGAAUUUGAGAUAAAUAAAGAGAAACACAUCGAGCUCUACUUAUAUAACAUUACACUCAACAGAUCAUAUUCUCGGCAAGCCACUUACAAAGAUCAGCACAAUGGCCGCUGCUGCUGUCCAAGUUACUCCCAAUCUACAUGCCCAUAUCGGCAACCCUCAGUUGGCUACGCAGACCGAGAAUCGCGUUCCCAAGCACGAUGUUACCACAUCCCUGAACUACUUCAAGCCCAACGCUGACGGCUCUCCCCCAGAGCCCAGCUACGUUGACAAGCCCGCGAGCUACUAUCUUGAACCUGAUACGCAGGAGGUCGUUAUCAAAGAUAUUGCAGGUGACGAGGCCAACUUCAGCCUAGACCGCAAUGGUUUCCAAGUCCAUUACCAGCCCGCAAAGGAGCGAGACUUCCUCGACGACGAGCAGAUUAAAGCAGGAUACUACGCCGAGACAGAAAAUCUAUUGAAGCAAGUCACCGGAGCAGACCGCAUCUUCAUCUUUGACCACACCAUUCGCCGCCGGCCUAUCGGAACAGCUGAUCAGCCCGCUCUUCGCGGCCCAGUCCAGCAAGUUCACAUUGACCAGACUUACAAGGCUUCCCUUUCGCGUGUACCACACCAUCUGCCCGAGGAGGCUGACGAGCUUCUCAAGGGCCGCGUGCAAAUCAUCAACGUCUGGCGACCCAUCAAGACCAUUGAGCGCGAUCCCCUCGCCAUCGCUGAUGCCGGCUCGGUAUCCGAAUCGGAUCUUGUGACCCGUGGACUCAUCUACCCAAAUCGCAAGGGUGAGACGUUCAGCGUCAAGUAUAACAAGGGCCACAAGUGGUACUACCGAUCAGGUCUUUCUCCUGAGCAAGUCCUUUUGAUCAAGUGCUUCGACAGCAAGACGGAUGGGCGCGCGCGCAGAGUGCCGCACACGGCAUUUGUAGAUCCGUCUUCGCCAAGCGAGGCUCCUACUAGGGAGAGUAUUGAGGUGCGAGCCCUCGUCUUUCACACUACGGAUAGAGAAUGAUUGCGCUCUAGGGGCACUCUUGCUGAAUUUAUGCAGGUUGGGUGGUUGUAAGCUACUGAAUGUUAUGUAUCUUGAAAUAUGAUUGAUGAUCUUUAAUGAGCUGCUCUUGUUUCUAUAAUCGUUACCGUACUUCCCUACUUGGCUCCUGGAUUGUCAUUGAAGAGUAAAUCCUUAGUUGUACCGCUAGGAAUCCCUUGAAUAAUAUCUUUCAAGGCCAUCUUCUUCAUUUUAUCGCAUGCGUCGGCACCUUUCGCUUCGUCAGCGGAAAUCAACAGGGCUGCUACACCAACGACGUGAGGACAAGCCAUAGAUGUUCCCGACCAAGCCUUCUGUUUUACA